UAAGUACACAACACAACCGGGACUUGUCGCUCGAGUUAUUAAAAAGUUCGAAAAAAGCAAGGAUAAAAAUGGAUCGCAAUAAACCUCCCUCGAGGUCGGUAAAAAGUAAAGUCGGUGCCCCUCACGCCGGUAGUGAAUUGUAUGCUUUGGGCACAAAAGCAUCAACUAGUCGCGAUGAUAAGAGCAAGGUUAUGUCGUCGGUCAAAGGAGCCGCGGCGUCUGAUCGUAAACGGGACGCCUCCACGCCAAUUAGUGUUGUUUCGAAAAAACCAAAACUUGGAAGUAGCAUAGGCUCCGUUCCUCGUCUCUCCGGCGAAGGAAGCAACAGUUCCAGUCUCGUCCUGGAACAAUGGGAGCAAAUGGCGGUUGACUGCGAGCCCUCAGAUUUCGUCACGUCUAUUUUCUCGGCAAUCGAGCAUCAGGACUCGGACACGGUUGUGGGGCUCCUGUGUGGUGCUGCGAAAAUGUUAUCAUCACGGAACAAAGCCGAGUCUGUGCUUUCCCUGUCCCUGAUGUACUUGGCGAAAAUGCGGCCGUCACUUUUCUGCAACGAUAUUGUCACCUCGGCCUUGAUUUCGAUUCUGAAACGCGACAACCAGCACGCAUUCAAAGGUCGCAAUAAUCCCACCGCGCACGUCCUUGCGACCAACCUCCUUGCCCGUGGAUACCAUGAUAAAAAGUCUUGGCCGGAGCUUUUCGUUAAAAUCUACAUUGACGAUGCGGCCAACGAGCGAGUUUGGGUUGACAACGCUGAAUGCGCCCCAUUCGUGGAGAACAUUUGCACAGCUUUUGGGACUCGUGUCCCGCCGAAGUCUAUGUUGCAACCGGAGCUAAUCACAUUGUCCCAGUCCAGUCGGGAGUCUUUGGACGACGAUUCCGGGGAUAACUCGAUGCAUGCCGACACCCUGCGGACUGGCGAAUCAGCUCUGGACUGUCCUGUUCAGGAUCGUUAUGCAAACAACCUUCACAUUGUGGAGAAAUAUGUUCUGGACACGGCAAAAGAGCAGCUAAACAGACGCCAACAGCAGGAUUGCUCCACACGGAAUUUCCUUAAAUUCCUCUCAACAACGUCGGGAAUAUGCGAGGUCCGGGCGCUCUCGGUGUCGCGAUUGGAACUUUGGAUACACAACGGCAAACUGAUGAAACCCGCGCAGGAACUCUUAACGUAUAUUUGCUAUAAUGUGACGGGGCAGACCGCCAGGGACCAAGAAGUGCUCGCGACUUUGGUGAAGAUGCGUCUUAAGGCGAAACCUUUGAUUAACAUCUACAUGUCGUGCCUGAAGGAGAUGCUGAACUUGCAACCGGACAUUCUAUAUAUUAUGCUCAAGUAUGUGGUGCAGAAUGAGCUGUCGAACGCGAGGAAUCCGAAUAAUAUGGGAAUGUUGGCCAACAUGUUCCAGACCAAACCCGAAGAAUCUGCACGACAUCUAGCUGAAAUCUACCAAGAAUUUCUUCUGCAACGUGAAGAUUGCCUUCGUACAUUGCGCGUCUUUCUUCGCGAGUUGGUCAAAAUGCUGCGCUACGACAUAAAUCUCGUAGAAUUCGUCAAGGCAUUCCUCACAAGUCGCACGGAACUCGCCAGCCAAAUCCAACAGUCAGAAUUCAAGGAUCGCAUCUUCCACUCAAUGGUUGAUUUGAUAUGUCUCUGCAUGUUUCUGACUGUUUCACCGCAAGUACGUGAGGCAAGCGUCGCAAUUCGAGCCGGACGUGAUAUGAAGAGUUCACCCGUUGUUAUGAUGACAUUUUACUCGCAAAUUUCACAAAUCCAGUUGGACGUGCUGACAUGGAUGCAUAGUAUUGUGCCGCGUUUGUUCAGCCCGUCGUCCACGGAAUACAGUCAUGCAUUGCACAAGGUCCUGCUGUUGGACGCUCCCGAACAGUAUUCAAAAUGCGAUCAGUGGCCACCAGAACCUGAACGUGCUAUGUUGAUGCGAUUGGCGUCCGAGACGCCUGUUCUUGAGGAUUCGAUUAUUUGCAUUAUUCUGAUCGGUAUUUCGAAGGAUAAUCCAUUCAGCGUCCCGGAUACAGUUGAAGUGUUGGAGCAAACAAUUCGUCGAGCGUCCAGUUUGCGAGCUGUAGAUUAUCCGGCGAUUGAGGCGAGUAAGCUGGAGAUAAUUGAGUUUUUGUUCAGCAUGGCCGAGUAUCAUCAUCCGGAGAACAUUCAGUUGCCCGUUGGAUAUGAGCCACCGAAAUUGGCGAUCUCGGCGCUUUACUGGAAGGCGUGGAAUAUCUUGUUGAUGCUGUCGGCCCAUAAUCCAAGCUCGUUUGGGGCUUUUUGCUGGGAACGAUACCCGAUGUUGCGUACUUUGAUGGAGAUGUGUAUUACGAAUCAAUUUCAUGACGUGAGGAUUGCUGAGGAGGAGUUGCAGGUUGCAAGUUUAGAACGUUCCCAAAUUCUCGAGUUUGAAAGCCAUCUCGCCGCGGCGACAUCAAAAGUCAUAAUCACUGAACAAAACUCCUUGCUUCUGUCUCAACUAAUGAUAAUGGAUCCAAUGGGAGUCCCACGCCGGCCUCCAAAUCCGUUCCUCGAGCAACUUCAACAACUCAACGCCAGCCAUAAACUAGGCCAUUUGCUUUGUCGCAGUCGAAAGCCGGAUUUACUUUUGGACAUCAUUCAAAGACAAGGGACCACGCAAGCUAUGCCGUGGCUUGCCGACUUGGUUCAAAACAGCGAGGGCGAUUUCAAUCAUUUGCCUGUCCAAUGUCUCUGUGAGUUUCUGCUGUCGAAUUCGGCGAAUAUGAAUACGGACAAUAAUCGGGAUGUAGAGCUGCUGAACUAUCUGAGGAAGUUGCUUCAGGAUGAAUCGUCGGAGACGCAAAUGGCUUGCGAAGUUCUUGAUUAUUUCUUGCGACGACUCGCUUCGACUGUGAAACAAUCACGAAUUUUGGCUAUCAAUGGGCUGAAAUUGCUUCUGCAAACUUUUCAAAAGCCAAAUGAAGAGGAGAACCCGGUAAGUGAUUGGUUAUUGCGGCAUCUUCCACAGAUUCCCCACUUUUUGAGUAUUCGGCCGUCGAUAGUGGCGCAGCUUCGAGCCGCAUGCCAAAUCGAGAACAAUCCAGAGCUCGUGAUGAUCUAUAUCCAGUUCAUCGCCGCGCAUACACUCCACGAUGCGGUACCGGAUAUGCUUGAGCAUGUGAUGGAUAUGUCGCAGCUGAUUGUCGAAAGGACCACUAUCUUCCAACAGAUUAUUCCCAUUCCGCCGAAUACUUCGCUGUUGGUGAACGAAGCACUAGCGGACAGUCGAUUACAAACGUUAAACUGCUUGUUUGUCAUGUUUAACAAUUAUUUGAUAAAGUUGAGAGAGCAUAAGGCCCCAUACGAAUGGGCGGAGUAUCCUGAUCUUCUAAUGGUUCACUUCGAGGACGGUGUGCAGCUUCCUAUUCACCUGAACAUCAUCCAUGCUUUCGUUAUUCUGCUAACCCACUCGACGAUAACUCUUCCCAACUCGAUCCCGAUAUUGGAUUACUGGUUCCCGGCUAGCCGUUACAUUCCCCAGGCAUACACAAUCGACACUAACGAACCAGUUCAACUGCUUCCUGACUGGCUGAAGCUGAAAAUGAUCCGCAGCCCAGUAGAUCGUUUGGUUGACGCGGCAAUGUAUGAUUUAACUCCAGACCAAAUUGUCUUGUUCGUGCAAAAUUUCGGCACGCCCAUCAGUUCAAUGUCGAAGCUGUUCGCGUUGUUGGACACGGCUGUUAUCGAGAAUCCUGAAGCAGUGAAGAACGCUAUUAUGAAUAAGUCGUACUUGGGGCAUUUGAUUGAGAUCCAACAAGCUCGAGGGGCUAAAAACGGGCAUAUUACCGUACAGGCCCUUAAACUAGAUUGCGAAAAUGAUUGCAUAUCAGAACCAGUAAAACCGCCCAUGCAAGUACUCGAGUCGGUGAGCUUAGAUCAGUUCCAAACAAUUGUAACCACUGAGAAGCCCGACAAGCGUGACAUCGUCGAUUUGGUGGUUCGAAGUCCGAACGUGAAUACCCCGCAAUUCCGGAAAACUGUUCAAAAGUUACUAAAGCGCGACCCAGUCCCAUCAAAACGGCAAAAGGGUACUGACAGCUCAGAUGUUGCCAUAGAGAAAGCGACAAUGCAGUUGUUGAAAAUUGCCGAGCAGCACCACAUUCAUUUCUUCGACAAUAUCUUCCCCAAGUCCCAUGUUUGCACGUUACUUCGAGUCCUGUUCGGACCUGAAAACAAAAACUUUAAACUUAUGCUUCGCGUGAUGGAUAAACUGAUUAGUCUCCUCCAUAUGUCGACCAGCUUGAACAAGACAACUUUCCUUCCGAUUCUCCUGAACAAGCGGAAGAGCUACGUAAAACAAAUACCAGAAGUGCACCCCUUGCAAGUGGGAAAGCAGGAUUUCUCACAGCUUUUGUUGUCUGCAAGCGAUAUUGAGAUAGAAACGCAAGGAAGAAAGUUUGUGAACGACAUGGUCAACACAGGCCGAACCAGCCACUUAGUCGAGGGAAUAGUUGCGUUCCUCAACUCGCCAGCGUAUAAUAUUAAGCAAGAAUCAGGCUCUGCAGGGUUCUCGAACAGGAAGGGCAUUCUUAUCGACUGGUUGGCCGAAAUCGAUUCGGAAUUGAUCACAGUAAACACCCAACAGCAAAUAGAUCUUCUGUUCUCAGCUAAUUUGAAUGAGUUCCGCUUCUAUAUGUUGUCCUUGUUGUGCCACCAGGCGAACUGGACGACAAUUCAGGACACGGUCACCUACUUGCUAGCAAGCUACCGACCAAACUAUGACUGUUCUUCGGUGCUUAAUUUCAUAGAGGCUUUGAUUCAAAACCCGAAACUGUGGCAGGGCCGAGAAAAGGCCACGCCUAAACACGAGCAAAUUGAAUAUGUUCUGAAUCUGGACUCGCAUCAGAUAAAUGUUUUCACGGAAUACGCCCUAAAUGAGUACCUAAACGAAGUGAAUGCCGGCCGCACUGAUAGCAACGCGGAGAAGCUAAAUUCAAGAGUGGAAUUGCUAUUGAAAGUUAGCAAUCCGAAUUCGUUCAAUCUUCGUAAGCUAAUCGACUUCGUGAAAUCGUAUUCAUGCCCGGACGCCUUGAAAUUCAAAUACUUCCAACAGUUGUAUCUGAUGGUGCCCACAAUGAAAUUCGUUGACAUGGACUUGAACGAUGUCUACUGCUCUGAUUUGCAGAAUUUCAAAGGAUGCAAGGCGGACAAGGUGGCAGCGUACAUAAUAACGACAAUUGCAAGCUUACAGACCCAGAAGGAUCAGAUUAUGUCCAGCGAUAUUGAGUUGCAGAUUCGCAAACUUGCAGCCACCCAUCCAGCCCUGUUUUUACGACAAAUUUCUAUGCUUGCGUCCUUGCUUCAAGGGAAAGCCCAUAUGUCGCUGAAUGUUCUACGCGCUGAGUAUCAUUUGCCGCGGUUUCACCAAGUUUUAGGUGUAAUGGAAUUGCUGCAGCCACUCAUUUUCGACGAUGCCUAUAAACAUGGGCUCCAGACAGCUUUGGACUGUUACUUCACACUCUUGAAGCAUCACGUUCGAGCGAAGGAGGUCUACGCCAUUUUGUUCCGUCUUGUUGAAUUCCUCCAAGCGUAUAUUAACGCGAAUCCGUCGUCAGCUCUGGCGUUUGUGGAACAGUACACUGGACUGCUUCAGGAGCUCGUCCUGAAAUAUCGAAACUUCACUUCCUUGCACCAACUUGUCCAAGGUCUAUCGCUGCUGAAACAUAAAACCGUCAACACAGAACUAAGCGAAGAUGAUGGCAAAACAGAAUUUGAUCCUGACGAGCAGUCCCAACAUGCAAUGGAAACAGACGAGCCCUCAACUAGUGGCACUCUCGCUCAGCUAGACAUUGACAGCCGUGGUGCAGCCUCUUUUGCUGUUGGGGGACCGAUGUCCCGACAAAUGCAAAUCUCGCCGCAUGUCAAAUCACUUAUCGAUAUCAUUCAAAGAUCAAACGCGGAGGAAAUAAUCCUGCAACCAUUGAAGGAGAUCGAAAGUUUAACUUUCAAACGGGGCGGAUUUCUGGAUGGGCUUUUCGAUCGCCUUUUGGAGCUGAUAUUCUCGCCAAGUUUGUUAGUUCGAAGUACGGCGCAUACUUUGCUGGUGAGACACUUGAAACAUAAUCCUGGCAAUCGGGAUAUCAACAAGACAACGGUUAAUGCUUAUAUACAAUCAUUGAGCGAUCCUAAUUCAGGUGUGGCGAAUUCUUCGUUGGAGAAUUUAAUUGAAAUUGUUCUUUGCUUGCAAGAAUUUGCUCCGGAAAUAUUGAGUACAGUUUUCGAUUUGGGCAUUCAAUCAAGGCUGAAUUCAGUAGCGCAAAUUAAGAGAUGUUUGCAAAGUUUGAAGUUGCAGCAUGCAUGCUGAGGAGGUUUUAAGAGAUGUAAGAUUUUAUGUUAUGGCGAACCAUAUGGGAAAUGGUUCGUUUUAGAGUUUCUAAG